AACCUUUGAGCACAAUGCCUAGUUCCUGAAAGCCAUUUAGACCCUCGAACAAGUGCAUUUGAGCUCAAUGGCGCGAACCAAGCAAACGGCAAGAAAAUCCACCGGAGGAAAGGCUCCUCGUAAACAACUCGCCACCAAGGCAGCGCGUAAGAGUGCUCCUGCCACCGGUGGAGUGAAGAAGCCUCAUCGUUACAGGCCCGGUACCGUCGCUCUUCGAGAGAUCCGUCGCUACCAGAAGUCGACCGAGCUACUCAUUCGAAAGCUGCCCUUUCAGAGGCUCAUUCGUGAAAUAGCACAAGACUUCAAGACAGAUUUGAGGUUUCAAAGUUCUGCUGUGCUGGCUCUACAAGAGGCUGCGGAAGCGUAUCUCGUCGGUCUGUUUGAGGACACCAACUUGUGCGCCAUCCACGCCAAGCGAGUCACCAUCAUGCCCAAGGACAUUCAGCUUGCGAGGAGAAUUCGCGGUGAGAGGGCUUGAGUGGCAGUUGAUUGACAGUUUUGUAAUUGACCACUGGACUAAGUUAAUUAGACAGCAGAAAUUCAUUACCCUGUUCAUUUUUUUGACCUUCAACUUAUACAUCAUCUCGAGUAAUUGUGAUUUGUGUUUCAAAUUUGAUUAUGUUUGAAUGUUGACGUGUGAGUGAAUUUAAUAAAAUAUAAUCCCUUGUCUUGUUAA